UACCUACAGUACCGGCUUCGGAGCCUCCGCUAUUCGCAGCUACGAUGGAUUAUUGCCCGCAAGUGGCUUCAUUGAAGGAAAUCCGUAUUAUCGCGCGGCGAUAAAUUUCUUGAACUCAGUUAGGGGUCAUUUCAAAAGCUCUCGGGCCUCGCAGCCAUGCGUGGCUCGAAGCUAUUAGUUGAGCGAGCCUUGUUCAGCUUCAGGUCCCAGACGUCGCUGUCGGCUCCGAAGCUCGCCCCCGUCUCAAGCAUUGGAUAUAGGCAAUGCUAUACUUCUAUCCAAAAGGUAUUGCCUGGGUUUCAGAGCCGGCAGUUUCAUUCGCAGCUUGUCCGAAACACUUCAAUUCUUCGCGCCUAUUCGCAUCCUCUUCGAGAGACAUGGUUGGCACGUUCGGCGCCUGCCCGACAGCUUUCCGUCUCCAGGUGUCUUCGAGAAAAUCGACCGAGCAAUGAUCAAAUUGCAGAGAAACCUGCCGUUCCAGAAGAAGAUGACUUUGAACAUGCUCGGACCGAGAAGGCUUCUCAGGCGGCUAAAAUCAAUCUCAGCGCCAAGUUACAUAAAGAUGGUGCAUCUCAAGGCCAGGCAGCUGGCUUUGGAGAAGUAUGGAGACUGAUCAAGAUCGCGAGGCCUGAGGCAAAGUGGCUUGCAGCUGCCUUUGUCUUUCUCCUCGUGUCUUCUUCAAUCACAAUGGCUAUCCCGUACUCCAUUGGAAAGAUUUUGGAUAUUGCAACUAAAACAAAUACGAUGGAUACAGUGUUUGGCCUAAACUUGACAACAUUCUACUUUGCACUGGCAGGGGUUCUCGCUGUUGGAGCAACUGCAAACUAUGGCCGAAUCAUCAUUCUCAGAAUCGUCGGAGAACGCAUUGUUGCCCGGCUUCGAUCUCAACUCUUCCGACGGACAUUCGUUCAGGAUGCUGAAUUCUUUGAUGCUAACCGUGUUGGCGAUCUCAUCUCUCGUCUGGGCUCUGAUACCAUUAUUGUCGGUAAAAGUGUCACGCAGAACUUGUCGGAUGGGUUGAGAGCUAUGGUAAGCGGAGGAGCUGGCUUUGGGCUGAUGGCGUAUGUCAGUCUCAAACUUACGGGCAUCCUCGCCCUAAUGUUUCCCCCCAUUGCUAUUGGCGCGUUCUUCUACGGCAGAGCGAUCAGGAAUCUUAGCCGGCAAAUCCAGCGAAAUUUGGGAACUUUGACAAAGAUUGCCGAGGAGAGGUUAGGAAAUGUCCGAACUAGUCAAGCAUUUGCUGGUGAAAUCCAAGAAGUUGGGAGAUACAAUAACCAGAUCAAGAACAUCUUCGCGCUUGGAAAGCGUGAGGCUCUCAUCAGUGCAGGUUUCUUCAGCUCAACCGGUCUGCUUGGUAAUAUGACCGUCCUAGCACUUCUCUACGUCGGAGGUUCGAUGGUCAAGUCCGGAGCUAUCAGCAUCGGAGACCUGACCUCAUUCCUUAUGUAUACAGCUUAUGCAGGUUCGAGUUUGUUCGGCCUUUCAAGCUUCUAUUCGGAAUUGAUGAAGGGUGUUGGCGCUGCUAGCCGACUUUUCGAGAUGCAAGACCGAAAGCCAACUAUCUCUGCUACUGUUGGCGAAAAGGUUGUGUCAGCACGGGGUCCAAUCAAGUUUGAGAAUCUUUCUUUCAGCUAUCCUACGCGACCGGCUGUCUCAAUAUUCAAGGGACUUGAUUUCGAAAUCCCCCAGGGAACUAAUGUCGCAGUCGUUGGACCUAGCGGAGGCGGAAAAUCCACCAUCGCCCAUCUAUUGCUCCGCUUCUACUCACCUUCUGAAGGACGUAUCACGAUUAAUGGGAAGGACAUCUCCAAAGUGAAUGUCAAGUCCCUAAGAAGAAAGAUUGGAUUGGUAGCGCAGGAACCUGUCUUGUUCUCGGGGACAAUUGCAGAAAACAUUGCCUACGGCAAGCCUCACGCUACUCGCGGAGAUAUCGUUGCUGCAGCGAAAAAAGCAAACUGUACAUUCAUUAGCGACUUUCCUGAUGGCUUAGAUACACAUGUUGGACCCCGAGGCGCACAGCUAUCGGGCGGACAGAAGCAGCGUAUUGCAAUUGCCCGGGCCUUGGUCAAAGAUCCAGACAUUUUGAUUCUUGAUGAAGCUACCUCUGCACUUGAUGCCGAGUCAGAGACGCUUGUUAACUCUGCUCUCGCUGCUCUGCUUAGGGGGAAUAACACCACAAUCUCCAUUGCUCACCGUCUUUCUACAAUCAAACGUUCUGAUCGCAUCAUUGUUCUCUCACCUGAUGGAAGCGUCGCGGAACAAGGAACUUUCAAGGAGCUCUCUGCCAACCCUGAUGGGGCCUUCACUAAGCUGAUGGAGUGGCAAAUGAGCGGAAGCGACAUCUCUGAUUCUGGAUCUGGAGGAAUCUCUCAGGAAGCAAGAGGCAAGCCUACCGAAGCAGAGGAACUUGAGCAAGAAUUAGAAGGUUUUGACGGGGAAGAUCCAGGUGACCUGGAAGCACCUCAACGCCGAAAGGAUGAAACAAAGGCUGAGGUCGUUCUCGAAAAGGCGAAUAAACAUACUACAUAAGAAACGAACUCUUUACAGCCAGAAUCAUACAUCUAUCAGCGGUUUCAUGCCGGAACAAGCGGCGAGUGGCUUCCGCCAAAGCCUCGCCCUCUGCGUUGGAAAUAAGCGGUGUUAUAUACGUAAAAUAUCUUCGGUCACACUUAUUUCCCCUUUUGCAUUUCUGUACAUUAUACUCCUCUCGCUAGAAUUUUCAAAGUUUAGAUUGCGUUCUAAAGCAUAAAAAAUUGUCGUUCAGAUUGGCCCUGAC